UAUUUACCGUUGAUUCGCCGAAAUCUUUUGGCACUGGCACUUCUUCUCAACCGGGUGGUAGUUUAGUUUAGAGCUCGUGAGUUUGCUUUGGACAGAUUUAUCAGUGAAUACUUGGUAAAUAAAUAUAAUCUUGAAGAUGGCUGCAUUAUUAAGAGGAGUUUUUGUUGUUGGUGCAAAAAGAACUGCAUUUGGAACAUUUGGUGGAAAAGCUAAGGAUUUGACUGCCACACAUCUAGGAGCCAUUGCAAGUAAAGCUGCAUUAGAAAGUGCAAAUGUGAAACCUGAGCUUGUGAAUUCUGUAAAUUUUGGCUGCGUUAUUCAGGCUAGUUCCAAAGAUGGACCAUAUAUCUCACGCCACAUUGCAUUGCGAUGUGGUGUCCCAAACUCUGUUCCUUGUUUGACUGUUAAUCGUUUGUGUGGUUCUGGAUUCCAAGCUGUUGUCACAGGAUCUCAAGAAAUCUGCUUACGUGAAGCUGAGAUUGUAUUAGCUGGUGGUGCAGAAAACAUGAGCCAAGCUCCUUAUGCAGUUAGAGAUAUGAGAUUUGGAACAAAAUUUGGCACAGACUAUAAGCUUGAGGAUAUGUUAUGGAGCUCAGUAUAUGAUACCCACAUAGAUAUGCCUAUGGCUAUCACUGCUGAAAAUUUAGCUGAAAAAUACAAAAUUUCUCGAGAAGAAUGUGAUCGGUUUGCACUGUUGUCACAAAACAGAUGGAAGGAAGCUCAAGAAAAAGGACAAUUUAAAUCAGAAAUUGUUCCAAUUCCUUUAAAAAUAAAAGGAAAGGAAGUACUGUUUGAUGUAGAUGAACAUCCCCGAACCCAGUCUACAAUGGAAGGACUUGCUAAGUUACAGCCAGUUUUUAAGAAAGGUGGAACUGUUACUGCUGGGAAUGCUUCUGGUAUUUGUGAUGGUGCAGCUGCUGUUGUGUUAGCUAGUGAAGAUGCAGUCAAAGCAAAUAAAUUAUCGCCUCUUGUAAGGAUUGUUGGAUAUAGCUAUGUCGGUGUUGAUCCAACAAUAAUGGGAAUAGGGCCUGCUGAUGCCAUCAAGAAGCUUUGCGAAAACACUGGAAUAAAAUUAAAUGAUGUUGAUUUAAUUGAUAUCAAUGAAGCUUUUGCUGCUCAAUUUUUAGCCGUACAAAAGGAAUUAAAUUUGGAUCCUUCUAAAAUCAAUGUAAAUGGGGGAGCAAUAGCACUUGGCCAUCCUGUUGGAGCAUCUGGAGCACGCAUAGUUGGAAAUCUGGCAUAUGAAUUGCAGUCAAGGAAGGCCAAAUAUGGAAUUGGAUCAGCUUGUAUUGGAGGUGGUCAAGGCAUAGCAGUCAUGCUGGAAAACAUUAACUUAUGAACUGUAUGAUGUGACAGAAAGUGCCUUUUUUUGUAAUUUGUUACACUUCCACUUAGUGAAAACAUUUCCCACUGUAAGAAAAGUCUACUAAUAACCUUCAAGUUAACUAUCUGAAUCAAAUAUUUUUCGGAGACUUUAUAAAUGAUUUGUGUUGUGUAAUAAAUUUUUUACUUUUGUUAAAAAA